AUGUUGAACGCUCGGUACUUGUUUUUGUUACUCUCACAGAGCGCUGCAUUCAGCAUCGACUUGUCCGCUCUUUCCAUCAGGCAGACGGCUGCUCCCAACCAACUUCCUGAUGGAGUUCUGCCCGCGCUUGCUUUUGAGCGAUCGACGUGGGCCACAGGAUCGGUAUACCAAGAUCCAUUCUACCAAGUUGCUCCAGAAUGGGCAGAGGCCGAUUUCGGCACAGUCUUUAGGGUUGAAGACAUGGAUCCAACGGUCUACACUAUUCCCCCUGCGACAUCGAUUUCCCGGAUACUUUACCAAAGCAAAAGCUACACCGGAAAGAAGACUCCUACAUCGGGAUACGUCUUAUUUCCUUACAGCCCUCGCAAAAUUAAAGGUGGCAGUGUCCCAGUAGUGCUAUGGGGACAUGGUACAUCUGGUUUACACCCAGAGAGUGGCCCAUCUCAUCUGAGAGACCUCUGGCAGAACGCACAAGGACCCACACCUCUUGUCCAACAAGGUUACGUCGUUGUGGCUCCUGAUUAUGCCGGACUUGGCGUGGGCAAGAAUGCUGCUGGAAAGAAUAUCACGCACGAAUAUCUAGCCAGUCCUGCUCACGCAAACGAUAUGGAGUACGCUCUGAAAGCGGCGCGCUCGGCAUUCCCCAUCCUUGGUAAAAAGUUCGCGACUAUCGGCCAUUCGCAAGGAGGCGGCGCAGUUUGGAGCUUCGCAGAGCGCAUGCGAACAAAUCCCAUCGACGGCUAUUUGGGAGGAGUUGCAAUAUCUCCAGUGACACGCCUACUUGACUUGCCACAGGACAGCCCGAUCAAAGCAUUAUUGGUUGCAGCGGCGCUUCCCGCAAUCGCCAACAUUUUCCCAGGCUUCAACAUAGCAAGUGUUCUCACUCCCGAAGGAGCACAACGUUUCGCCCUUGAACAGAAGACAGGGGGAAAUGUACAAGCGACAAUUGCACUGCUUCUUACUAUGGCUGGUUUUCCAAUAUUGAAAGAUGGAUGGGAGAAAAAUGAGUAUGUUUUGCGCUACCAAAACGCCACCGGAAACGGGGGAAAACCAAUUAAAGGACCGCUGCUAGUGAUACAAGGAGACAACGACGCAAACAUAGAUGUGCGCACUACGACUGCUGCUGUGGAGAAGACAGCCACUGUGAAUCCCAAAGAGAGCAUUUCUUAUGCGAUAUACAGCAAUAUCGCGCACGCCCCGGCCGUCUGGGUUGGCCAACAACGAUAUCUGGACUGGCUCGCGAAAAGGUUCGAUGGCGAAGCACCCUCUUCGGGCCUAGCCAGAGACCAAGUGAGCUCAUUCCGACCAUGGGCUAAAUACCUGCCUGAGCAAAACUUCUACGCGAUGCGGGCUACUGAGUCCUAUCAAGUUCCGGCAUAG